AUGAUUUAAUUAUUAUUGCUGAUUGCCCUUGCUUACUUUCUAUACGAGAAAGUUUUCAAAUUUUACUAUAGAUAUUGGUUUUACAGAAGCUAAGGUAUCCCAGCUCUAGGAAUUCCUUGGCCUAUUCUUGGUACUCUUUGGAAUGUCAAAAAAGUCUUAGAUAACAUGGGUCCAUAUAGCAAGACAAUUCUUGAAGAGUAUUGGCAUAAUUACUUUGGAGAUCAACUACCCCCUAUUUUUAGUGACCAUAGAAUGCCAUGUGCCUCAAUAAUAUUUUGUGAUCCUACCUAUGUUAAUGAGAUAUAUACGACUAAAACUAAAUAUAUGGAUAAGCAUCCCAAGUUUUCCAGGACUUCAUAUGUUCAAUUUAAGAAUUCCACCUCUCUACAAAGAUCUACAGAAGACUGGAAUCAAAAGAGGAAACAUCUUACUCAAGCAUUCUAUAAAGAUAAGAUAAAAAUAAUGUUGAAAUCCACGAUUGCAGUUACCAAUGCAAGAGUGAAAGAAUGGUAAUAAAUUCAGUAGAGUUAGAACCCUGUAAUAAUCUUAAACAAACAAGUGCAAGAACUCAUUGAUGAUGUGAUCUAAGUGUGUGUAUUUGGCUAAUCUAAUCUCAAGAAAUAAGUUACUUACUUUGAAAAUGGCAAGGAAAUUUAGUUAACCAUUGGAAAAUACUUGAGAAUAUUAACCGAACAUGUAUUCUCAAGAUAUGGAGGAUUGAGGCAAAUGACAGAUAUAUUUGAUUACGUACCUGUCACACCAUUUGAAUUUGAAGUCUUCAAAAAUGCAAAGAACUUUAAGAUAUUUAUUCAAACUCUUCUUGAUGAAAGAAGAGUUGAAAUGAGCUAACCUAAUUGGGUUUCUCAAGGAGAUUUUCUGACAAUUUUAAUGCAAGAUGAAUACUUUAAGUCUGAUGAGGUGAUAAUAGAUGAGUGCAACACUUUCAUGCUAGCUGCAAAUUUAACCACAUCAAUAACUCUAACAAAUUUAAUCUUCUACUUAAUCAAAGAUUAGUCAAUCAUGAGGAAAGUUCGAGAGGAGAGUAUAAUAGACUUGAAGGUUGAAAAAGGCUUUUAAAAUCUCUCAGACGAACAGUGGAGUGAAUUACUAACAUAUGAGGGGCUCAAUAAUUGUAAUUAUCUUAACUAUUGUAUUUUGGAAUCACUGAGAAUCGAUCCUCCAGCAAGAGUGACUACUCCUCAUUGCUUUACUGAAGAUAUUGAGAUUUGUGGAAAGAAAAUACUUGCAGACUCUUAAUGGCACAUCAACAUUUAGUAUCUGCAUCAUAAUCCAAAAGAGUGGAUAGAUCCAGAAGAGUUUAUACCAGAGAGAUUUGAUCCUGCUAGCUAGUACUACCUAACUCCAUAAGGGAACAAGAGACAUCCAAUGUCAUUCGGUCCGUUUUUAGGAGGGAAGAGAAUAUGUCUAGGAAAAACAUUUGCUGAAAGCAUGUUGAAGUGUAUGUUCCCUGUUAUUAUAAACUAAAUUGACUUUGAAUUCGAUGAUUUGGAGUUAUUUAAGAGGAAGCCAACAAAUACUUUCUUGUAAAAAGAGCCAUCUUAUAUGAUUAAGCUAAAGAAUUAUAGUGGCUUAAUCUGA